AUGCCACAUGGUCUGCUAGGUCUCAAUGAUAAGCAACGGCACCUCCGGUUGUGCGAUGGCAGUCUGCGCAGUCGCCGCUCUUUUCGGUUUGUUCGGUCGAUACCGCUGGGAAUGCUGAUCGGUGGGCGUGCAUGGUGCUCAAUUACUAUGCGCGGGCUUCGUGGAGCAUCUGGUGACCGCGACUUCGCGCACGAGAGAUUGCCACUGAAGCAGGACACAUCUGGCAAUGCGGCGUUGUUGUUUAAGCUGGACGACCUCGAUAUCAGUGAUAUCCGUCAUGUCGACGCUUGCUAG